AUGGACGAAGCAGGCGUCAGGAAAGUAAUCGCUGAAAACAACAGAGAUCUUAUCGUUCAGAUCAAAGAUCUCGUAAAUACUUCGAUUUCUGACCUCAAGCGUUCUAACGAAUCUAUCGCUUCCCAGCAGAUGUCAGAGAUUAAAAGGUUGAAACGCGAUUCCGUUCCUCACUUCAACAAAAAGAGCAACGAGGAGCAGUACAAAGCUAACAAAGCUAUUAAAGAUGCUGUUGAAGACGCCCAGAUUGCCCUCGAAAGGAACGACGUCGAGAAGAUCAAACAAGCCUUGGAUAAAGGUAUGGAGCUGCUUCAAGAGCGUCAAAAAUUAAUUUUACUGGCUGAUAAAUCACAGUACGGGUGGAAGACGGUCCUCGAAUACAAGCACCAUGAUCUCGCAGACGACGAAGAAGAUGAGAAAAAGAUAUACAGGGCCGAAUCCAGAGCAGCUAGGUCCACGAAGCGUUUCACAUCUCGCUCGACCCGCUUUCGUCUCAGAGAUCGUCUUCUGGUUUGUGCUUUGCUUGUGGCAAACCCGGGCAUUGGAGGGCUUUCUGCCCUAAUUUGUGGUUUGAUGUUCCUUCUAAUACCGGUCAGAAGCCCAAAUGACUCACUUCGGACGUCGAUUUGUUCCGCGCCUUAUUUAUUUACUAAACUACUCAAGCCUUUAGUCAAGAAAUGGAGAUCUGAAGCAAAGUCGAUCGUGGUUUAUUUGGACGAUGGUCUCGGAGCUGCUGCGGACAAGAAUAAGGCAAAAAUCGCUAGUCUCCAAGUACAUGCAGAUCUACUUAAAUCUGGCUUUCUUCCUAAUGAAACCAAAUGCGUUUGGGAGCCCACUCAGGUUAUUACUUGGCUCGGAGCCGUUCUCAACACUUCCACUUCUGAAAUUUCUGCCACUGCUAAGCGAAUUACCAGUUUACAAGAAGAUUUAGCGACUCUUUUGGCCAUUCCCUCGUCCUGUCAUCCAGUUCGGAAGCUUGCCUCUGUUUGCGGAAAAAUAAUAUCUCUUGGCCCCUGCGUUGGUAAUGUCUCUAGGCUUAUGUCUAGAAAUUUAUUCGCAGUCAUCAAUACCGCGCCAACCUGGAACUCUUACGUUCGUCUUUCGUCUGAAGCUCGGGCUGAGCUGGUUUUCUGGAAGUCUAAUGCGGCAAGUCUUAACGGCAUACCUAUUUGGUCUGUCAGGCACAAGCCUUCGAAGAUCGUCUAUUCCGAUGCUUCUGGCUCAGCUUGCGGCGGUUUCAUCGAGUUUGAGGGGAAGAUGUUCCAUCAAAACUGGUCAGAUUUUGAGAAAGCUCAAAGUUCUACAUUCAGAGAGUUGUUAGCCGUGUCUUUAUCAGUGAAAGCCUUCGCGGAGUCAUUGAGAGCCCAAACAGUCACGUGGUUUACGGAUAAUCAGAACGUUGUCCGGAUCGUUAAUUCAGGGUCUAAGUCUCCAGCAUUACAAGAGCUUGCAAUGGAUAUCCAUCGUAGUUGUUUGCUUAGUGCUAUUAACAUCGAUAUGCAAUGGAUCCCAAGAGACCUAAAUAGUGCGGCGGACGAUAUAAGCAAUUUCAUUGAUUAUGACGACUACACGAUCAACGAUACGGUCUUCAGUGCUCUUGACGACUUAUGGGGUCCACAUACCUGCGAUAGGUUCGCUUGUUCCUACAAUGCCAAAGUCCAAUGCUUUAAUUCUAGGUUUUACCAGCCUGGUUCGAGUGGCGUUAAUGCGUUUUCUCAGGAUUGGUCUCAUCAUAAUAACUGGCUGUGUCCCCCUGUGUAUUUAACGUGUAAAGUUAUUAAGCAUAUGGAGCUGUGCUGUGCUCAAGGAACUCUGAUCGUUCCCCUUUGGAAGUCAGCCCACUUCUGGCCCAUCCUGUGUUCGGAUGGUUUCCAUUGGAAUAUCUUCACUUCCGUUUUCUGGUCUUCAGAGGCCCAAAAUUCCCCGAGAGUGGAUCAGCUAAUGGAGAAUCUCAAAUCUACCGUGCUUGCUUCCAGAGCGUCUGGGACAUUCGCAAAUUACUUGAGGGCGUUUAACAAGUGGAGACCCUUUGCUAGUGAUGUCUUGGGUACCUCGGAGUUUCCAGUCAGACCGAUCGAUUGUGCCCUCUACUUGCAACACCUCCUCGAGUCGUCCAAGUCCGUCGCUUCCAUCAACUGCGCCUUUUACGCGUUCAAGUGGGUACAUCUCCUUGCAGGCGUCGACUCUCCAACAUUACACCCUACUGUUAUUGCCGUAAAGGAAGGAGCUGUUCGCCUUGCCAGUCAGCCAAUAGUCAAUAGAAAGGAGCCCCUGGACGCCCACCACCUCAAGGUCCUUGCUGCAGAGACUAAUCUAGAAGACCUUUUACAAUUACGAAAUUUAGUUAUGUUCAUUCUCGCAUUUUCCGGUUUUCUUAGAAGUUCCGAAUUAUGCGUUAUGCGUAGCAGAGAUGUUCAGUUUAACGAGGGUUACAUUACAAUCAGCAUAGAGAAAAGCAAGACGGACCAACUGAGGGAGGGCAGGUCGGUCGUUAUUGCUGAGUCCUCAUCUAUCACGUGUCCCUGUUCUUUACUUAAGCUGUAUAUGCAUAAGGCCCAGAUUCCUGAAAAUUCAGACGAGUAUCUUUUUAGGGCCAUUUCAGCUUCGGGCAAUCGCAAGCGCCUUAUCUCUGUAAACAAGCCUAUUUGUUAUUCUACCUAUAGGCAGUCCUUUAAGAAGUCUUUCGCGAAUAUUGUACCAGAUAUCUCUAAGUAUAGCACUCAUUCAGCUAGGUCAGGUGGAGCUACUUUAGCUGCCAGCUCUGGCAUUUCGGAGAGGAAUCUUCAGCGCCAUGGUCGCUGGGCCUCAGUCACAGCAAAGAACAUUUAUGUUAAGGAUUCUCUUUCUAGUAGGCUAGAAGUUUCCGAGGCUCUGUUUCUCUGA